AUGGAGAAAUCACAUAAAAACACGGUGAAACCGCGCAGAUCGGACAUCAGCAUAAGUACCAUCGUUACCAGGAGCUCUUCUGGGGUAUCCUAUUUGAAGCCGAUAACCAGAGUUAGAUCUGCCAAGGAAGUAUACGAAUACAAAAAGGACAUUGUUUUAGACGACCAUCUACUCAGCAUUGAGGAAAUUUCUAUUAGGUACGGCACAGAUAUAGACACUGGAUUAGACAAGGAAAUAGCCGACCAACUCCUAGAGCUCCACGGGCCCAACUGCCUGGUGGCGCCACCUAGUAAGUCCAAGCUCCUGGCUUUAAUAGGAUACAUAUUCGGUGGUUUCAACGUCUUGUUGUGGAUAGGUGCCAUUUUGACAUUCAUAGGGUACGGACUGUCUUGCAGUCAAGAAGGACUGGAAAAAGCUAGCGUUGAUCCCUUAUAUUUAGGUGGGGUACUGUUAGUAGUAAUUUUCUUCAGCGGUUUCUUCGGGUUUUACCAGGAAAAGACUAGUUCCGCCAUCAUGGAGAGCUUCAAGAAGAUGGUGCCCAAGUUCGCGAUGGUGAUCAGAAGUGGGUCGGAAUACGCUAUACCGAGCGAAGAAAUAGUGCAAGGCGAUCUGGUGAAGCUCUACGCAGGAGACGUAGUUCCUGCCGACAUCAGAAUCAUAGAGGCGCAGAACAUGAAGGUGGACAACAGCGCCAUAACUGGGGAGUCCUGCCCCUUAAAUCGAAGCAACGAGUGCACCGAGAUAGACCCCCUCGAAACCGUCAACUUGGCCUUCUACGGCACCAACGUGGUAGAGGGAUCAGGCACAGGCAUCGUCAUCAAAUGUGGCGAUCACACCGUCAUUGGCAGGAUAGCCGGUCUGACCUCUUCUCUAGAAAAAACCGAAACGUUGAUCCACAAGGAACUGAAACGUUUCGUCAGAAUCGUCACCAUCAUCGCGGUGUGCUUAGGCUUCCUGAUCUUCACCUCAUCCAUGAUUAUAGGCUACAGUUUCUUCAAGAGCUUCAUCUUUUUCAUAGCCAUCGUCAUAGCUAACGUACCCGAAGGUCUACCCAUCGCUCUGACAGCCUGCAUGAGCCUCACCGCCAAGAGGAUGGCAAAGAAGAAUUGUUUGGUGAAGAAGUUGGAAUGUAUAGAGACAUUGGGUGCAUGCAACGUUAUUUGUUCGGACAAAACAGGUACACUGACGCAGAACAAGAUGACAGCUUCCCACCUAUUCUACGACUCGAACGUGCACGACGUACUGACAAACCUUGAGAGCAUCGACAGGGAGGCAGACGCAUACGAGGCACUCAGCCUGGUGGCGAUUCUGUGCAGCAGAGCGACGUUCUUAGACGGGGACCUCGUUCCAAUAGGGAGUAGAAGGACAACCGGGGACGCCAGCGAAUCCGCCAUUUUGAAAAUAAUGGAGCAGCUGGAGGGCAACGUGGUGGAGAAGAGAAAAGAGUAUCCCAAGGUUUGCGAGAUUCCCUUUAAUUCCACCAACAAGUAUCAGGCCUCCGUCCACAUCAUGCCCAGCGGACGGUACCUUGUUGUGAUGAAGGGGGCCCCGGAAAAGGUCGUGGAUCACUGCAACUGCAUCUUACGCGACGGGGAGAUCAUCGCGACGACUCCCCUUCAUUUAAAACCCAUAAAGAAGGCGAUCACCCAUUUAAGCACGCAGGGGGAAAGGGUGCUGGCCUUUGCGGACCUACUCCUUCCUCCUACCUUUGGUCCAGACUACAAGUUCAACUCAGAUAAGCCUAAUUUCCCACUUAAAGGGCUAAGAUUCGUCGGUAUGAUCUCACUGAUAGACCCGCCAAGACCCUCCGUGCCGGACGCUGUAUCUAAAUGUCGGAGUGCUGGCAUAAGGGUCAUAAUGGUCACUGGAGACCACCCGGUCACGGCCCUGGCCAUAGCCAGGAAAGUAGGAAUCAUCUCCAGCUACGCGAUGUCUGCAUACGAUUUGGCUCUGAAGGACAACAUCUCGCUGUCGAAAGUUUCGGAGAUAGCGAAAACAGACGAUUGCACAGCAGCCGUCAUAACUGGUUCCGAUUUGAGGGAAAUGUCGGAAUCGGAGCUGGAGAGGCUUCUAAAGACUUUUCCGGAGAUAGUGUUUGCUAGGACCAGUCCGCAACAGAAGCUGAAGAUCGUGGAGGCUUUCCAAAGGCUGGAGAAAGUUGUUGCGGUAACUGGAGACGGUGUCAACGACUCCCCAGCCCUGAAGAAGGCGGACAUCGGCAUCGCCAUGGGCAUAACUGGCUCCGACGUCUCCAAAGAGGCAGCCGACAUGAUCCUCAUGGACGACAAUUUCGCCUCCAUUGUGACAGGCAUAGAAGAAGGCAGACUAAUCUUCGACAACCUGAAGAAGAGCAUCGCCUACGAGUUGACCUCCAACGUCCCUGAAAUUGCGCCCUUCUUGUGCCUGUUGAUACUAGACAUCCCAGAGUCCCUCACAAUCAUGGCCAUCAUCGUCAUAGACGUAGGCAGGUAUGGAAUUGUUGAUGAUUCCGUAAUUUAUCAGUUUCUCAUGUCAGGUACCGACCUCUGGCCUGCUAUAAGCUUGGCGUACGAGAAACCAGAGACGGACAUAAUGACCAGACACCCCAGGAACCCGAAGAAAGACAAACUGAUCAACAGCAAGCUGAUAUUCCUCACCUACGGACAAAUAGGUGUUAUCCAGGCAUGUGCAAGUUACACCUCUUUCUUCUUCAUGAUGGGUAUGCAAGGUUUCCCGUUCAAGUCACUGAUAGGAAUUCGUCCAGACUGGGAGAACAAACAUAUCACCUCAAUGAAGAACGUUAACGGCAAAGAAUUCUCUUUCGAGGAUCGCGACCAUUUGCUCCAUCAGUGCAUCACAGGCUACUUCCUCUCCAUCGUCAUGACCCAGAUCGCCGACCUGCUGAUCUGCAAGACGAGGAAGCUGUCGCUUUUCCAGCAGGGUAUGGGUAAUCACGUGUUGAACGCCGGUUUGAUGUUUGAGAUCUUCCUGGCUGGGGUGGUGGUGUACUGUCCGUAUAUUAACAGGGCUUUUCAGAUGGAACCGAUCAAUCUGAUAGGGAUACUUCCGGCUAUCCCGUAUGCGAUUUUCAUUAUACUGUACGACGAGAUGAGAAAGAUGUUGAUACGAAAGUUUCCAAAAGGAUGGGUAUACAGAUAUACUUACUAUUAA